GGCUGUUUUAAAAUAGAACAAACCGCCAAUUUAUAGAAGUGGCAGUGACAAAUGUUUUGCGUUUCAUAACCUCAAUUUCGUUAAACGUCAACAAGUUUGUUUCAUUAAACAAAUCAGAUUAUUUUGCUGGUAUACGCAAAAAAUGACUUCAUUGUUCGAUCAGUUCGAGCAGGCGGCGUUUAAAAAGAUGAGCAACAACGUCAGUUCAGCUGAAUUGACUAACUUGGGUUACAUUAAUAUGGCUCUCGAUCAAGAGAAGCCGAUAUUCAGCAAAUCGAAAAAAGAUUUUACGCCAGCGGAUAAAAUUACCCACGUGGCAAUCGCCAACAAGUAUUUGGUGGCGGCUAUGUGCAACGGGAUGUUGUUCAGGAUGAAUCUGAAGAAUCCCCAGGAAAGAAACGAAAUUACUUUAUCAAAAUACACCAGUGGCAAAUUAACCAACCUGUUUUUGGAUCCCACUGGGAACCAUUUGCUCCUCACGUUCAGUUCGAAAAACAAAGGGGCCGACAGCUCGGAAUUGAUGUACUUGUCCAGAAAGUCUGACAAGUUAAAGUCGAGCACGAAAUUUCGAGGAUACGAGUUUACAGAAGUAGCUUGGAAUUACCAAAACGAAUCUGAAGUCACCACGGGCCCAAUUUUAUUGGGCACGUCCAAGGGAUUGAUAUUUGAGACCGAAAUCGUCCUGGAAGGCGACAAAUUUUUCUCGUCCAGUUUGGAACAGUACUGGAGGCAGCUGCCUAAUUACCUGCCCUUGUAUGGCAAUCGGGAGGUUGAGGGUUUGGUCUUCGAUGUCGGUAAGAAUACCAAUACACCAAUCACAGGUUUGGAAUAUUUUCAAGUUACGGGCUCUGAUAGGUACGCGAUUUUUGCCGCUACUCCCUCAAAAUUAUACUAUUUUGUGGGCAAGGCGGACGGCGAGGAGAAGCCGCUGUUGCAACAGGUAUUCAAUAAAUAUUUGAAUGUGCCGGAGUCGGAGACCUUCAUAGAGUGCGAAAGUAACCUCAGGUAUUCGCGUUUACAAUUGUGGUCGGAGAAUUUAGUUAUGCCAAACACUUUCGCUUGGAUUACCGAGAAGGGUAUAACCUACGGUUCCAUCGAUCCGCGCGUCGACGAUUCGAUCGCUUCCAUCAAUACCAAAGCGAAACUAAUCGGUUACCCUAAACCGUUGUACGAGGAUUAUUCCCAAUCGCCAAAGUACCCGACUUCGAUGGCGUUGACGCAAUUCCACGUGAUUUUGGCUUACGCGGACAGCACGAAAGGCGUGUGCCUUCUAAAUCAGGAAAUCGUCUACGAGGAUCAUUACAACGAGGCGUUCGGCAAACUAGUUAACGUAAUCAAGGAUCCUCGAACCGGCGACAUAUGGGCCGUGACCGAGUCCGCGGUGUUCCGCUUCAGGGUUUACCGUGAGGAAAGAAACAUUUGGCAGAUCUACUGCGAGAACAACGAGUUCGAACUGGCGAAAAAGUAUUCCAGGAACAACGAGGCCUGUUACAAUCAGGUGCUGAUAAAAGAGGCGGACGUUUUGUUCGAUGAGAAAAAGUACGAGCUCAGCGCUCAAAGGUACGCCGAAACGCAGUCGAGCUUCGAGGAGAUCUGUUUAAAGUUCAUCCAGGUGAACCAGGCGGAUUCGUUAAAAAUUUUCUUGAGGAAUAAACUAGACGCCCUCGGGCCCCAAGACAAGACCCAAAUCACGAUGGUGGUGAUUUGGCUUGUCGAGCUGUACCUGUCGAAAUUGGAGGAGAUCCGGCUGAGGGGGUUGGAGAAGAGCGCCACUUACGACGACAUCCAGAAAGAGUUCGAGACGUUUUUGGCACUGCGCGAAGUCGCGGAUUGCGUGCGCAACAACAAGGGAACGAUGUACGAGCUGAUGGCCAGUCACGGCGACAAAACUAACCUCAUCAAACUGACCAUCGUCAAUAAAGAUUUCGAACAAUUGAUCCGGCAGCACAUCUUCAAAAACAACUUCCACGAGGCGCUGGACGUGCUCAAAAGUCAAAACAACCUCGAACUGUACUACCAGUUCGCGCCGAUCCUCGUCCAGGAGGUGCCCAAGUACGCGGUCAAAAUGCUGAUCGACAAAGGCAAGAAAUUGGUCCCGCUGAGGCUACUGCCGGCUCUCGUCACCUGCAACGGCGACAUGCACGCCCUCGAGGUUAUUAGAUACUUAGAAUUUUGUGUGGACAAGCUCAAAAACACGGACAAGGCGGUGCACAAUUUUCUUUUGUCGCUCUACGCGAAGCACGAGCCCCGCAAACUGAUGGAUUAUAUCGCCAGCCAGGGCCAGGAGGCCAGCCUGGUAAACUACGACGUGUACUUCGCGCUGCGGCUAUGCCACGAGCUCGAUCUGAAAGAAGCGUGCGUCCAGCUCUCUGCUUUGCUCGGUCUGUGGGAGUCCGCGGUCGAAUUGGCGCUGAAGGUGGACCUCGAUCUCGCGAAGAAAAUCGCCGACAUGCCUCCCGAGAACGAGGUCGAGUUGCGUAAAAAACUGUGGCUAAAAAUCGCCGAGCAUGUGAUCAGCGGCAAGGACGACAUCGAGCUGGCGAUGUCGUUCCUGAGGCGGCGCAGUGACCUCAUCAAGAUCGAGGACGUGUUGCCGUUUUUCUCCGAUUUCGUGACGAUCGAUCACUUCAAGGGAGCCGUAUGCGAUUCGUUGAAGGAAUACAACAGCUACAUCCAAACGCUCAAGGAGGAAAUGGAGGAGGCGACCCGGAGCGCCGAACAGGUGCGCGAGGAGAUCCAGUCGUUUCGCAAUUGCUACGCGUACGUCCGAAGCGGAGACGCGUGCGAGAUCUGCGGCCUCGCCCUCCUGGCGCGUCCGUUUUACCUUUUCCCGUGCCACCACAGGUUCCACUCGGACUGUCUGCUCGCCGAGCUCGCUCCUCAUUUGGGGCCCCCGCGUCGCAACCGACUCGCCGAUCUCGAACGUCAGUUGAAAGGGCUGACCGCGCGGGCCGACAACGUCAGCACCGGAUCGGGGGGCGUGUCCACCCGAGAUCAAGUCAAGACCGAGAUCGACAACAUUAUAGCAUCCGAGUGUUUGUACUGCGGCGAGAACAUGAUUCGGAACAUCGACAAACCGUUCGUCGAAGAUCGGGACUACGAGAGAGUGAUGAAGGAGUGGGAGUAGAC